GCCGUCUCGCCUCCCUUGGUUUGGUUUCUCUGAAUCUCCUCCUGCUCUUCUUCUGUUGGCUGUUGCUGCUUCUCCUCUCCUCUUCUCCCCGUGGCCACAAGACAGGGCUGAGGAUCCUCCUCCGAUCCUCCUCCGUAUCCAUGAGAGAGGGAUGAUCUAUAGCAAACCAUAGCUUACUACUCGGAUUCGAUUCGUCCUUGUCUUGUUCGUUUCAGCACGAGAGAGGAGGUGAAGGAAAGAUCAGAGGCGACGCCGGCAUAUAAUUUGUUGCUUGUGAUCGAUGAUGAACUCCCAGAACCUUCAGCUGCAGCUGCCCGUUCAGGAUCUGAGUCUCAGAGGGAGAUCAUUCAUCAGCAAGCCCACCAAUAACAAGGUGAUGCACCACCACCACCAGUGCCCUGCAGCUUCGUCGUCUUCACCACCAGCUGCUGCUAGAGGAGGCCUGCAGGUUGCCCAUCCCAGCACCAGCAGGAGGCGUCCUCGUGCCCUCGUCGCCGUCAGAGCGGCCGGCGGCAGUGACGACGCAUCAGGAGGUGAGUCGUCGUCAAGCGGCGGAGGGGAAGAAGAUGACGAUGGCGGUAGGUCGUCGUGGUCGUCGGGCGGCGGCGGCGGCUUGUCCCGAGACGAUUUGGAGCGCCUGGUUGGGACCGACGACGACGCCAAGUUCAAUGGGUUGGAUCUUGCAAACCUCAUCAGGAAGAAGUACGGCAGAUCGUACGAUGUCACAUUGAUAAAGAAGGAGUUCAUGGGAAGGAAUCUGCUGGCCAUGAAUGUGAUGUGGAAGUACAGGGAGCAAAGAUCGUUCCCGCUGAGCGAGGAGGAGUACCUACUGCGGCUGGACGACGUGGCCAACACGCUCAAGUGCUGGGGAGCCGUGGCGCACGUGCGCAACACGCUGGAGAAGCUCAAGGAGAGGCCGCGCAUCGGCAAGGCCGUCAGCAUCUUCAUCGACAUGGACCAGACCGGAGGACGCUCCAACGAGUGGAUCUACAAGUAGCUACCUACCUACCUACAGUACCUACUAGCCAAUUCAAAGAGAUUAUUACUAUAUAUAUAUAUGGAGUACAGUAGUUAUUAACUCAUGAAUUCCACUCCAACAUUCAACGAGUCAUAUACUACUAUACAUGCUGUAUAUAUAAGCAGAUUGAAGAUUCAUUAA